AUCAGGAGGGGCGGGGCGGGUGCCUAGCCCAGUACCUGGGAGCGGGACCCACGACCCCUCAGCAGCCAGAAAGGCUGCCUCUGCCUGGUUGGGCCGGCCCCGUUCUGAGGUCAGCGGUGACUGCUGAGCCUGCCCUGUGGCCGGGGCCUGCUCCCAGCCCGGUGCCCCUAGACUCGGAAGGGCACUCUUCCUGUGAUGAGCUCACAUCUGCUAUGGUAACCCAUUACGGUCCAUUCAAGGGCCUGAAAGCCUCUGUGGCCACAAGCUGCUCUAAGAGCUUUUUGGACUCAAAAACACUCUUCCCUUGUCUGGCAUCCCACUGGGAAUGAUACCCAGCCAAGAAUCCAAGCCCAAAUAGCAGGCAUGUAGGGAACUGGGGCAGGCUGGCUGCGAGACAGCUUUCCCCACGACCUUACCUUCCAACAAUUAGCCAGCUACUCAGGUGCUCAGAGUGCCCAGGACUCAGCCUCAGCCUGCUGUGUGGCCUGGGGCAAGCUCCUUAACCUCUCUGAGCCUCAGCUCCUCAUCCGGCAGGAGCAAACCCAAACCCAGGCGUGGUUGUUGCAAAGUUUAAAAUGAAAUAAUGGGGAGAAAGCACUCAGCACAUUGCCCAGUCUGCAGGAGCCCUCAGGAGAAGUGUACUAUUUGUCUCUGGGUGAGGGCCCAAGACCCCACCCUCCCUCACCCUCCUUUGACACAGGGGUCCCCCAGGCAGCCGAGGCUGGGAAGGAAGAAGGCAGAAGCCCUGGACAGGGGAAGAAAAGAAAAAAAAAAAGCCUUAUUUAUUAUCAUUUCCCCCACUGUUGGCAUGGCAACACCAGCGUACGUUACUGAGCUCCAGGCAGCCCCACAACCAUCCCAGCCACCACAGGCCCAGCCCCAGCCACCACCGCCGCCAGCAGCGGCGCCCCAGCCCCCCCAGCCGCCUGCCGCCGCGGCUACCCCCCAGCCCCAAUAUGUCACUGAGUUGCAGAGCCCCCAGCCCCAGGCACAGCCACCAGGCAGCCAGAAGCAGUAUGUGACGGAGCUCCCGGCCACCCCCACGCCCUCGCAGCCGGCUGGCGCCCCCACCCCGACCCCGGCGUCCCAGCAGUACAUCGUGGUCACCGUCUCUGAAGGCGCCAUGCGGGCCAGUGAGACUGUAUCAGAAGCCAGCCCGGGCUCCACAGCCAGCCAGACCGGAGUCCCCACUCAGGUGGUUCAGCAGGUGCAGGGCACCCAGCAGCAUCUGCUGGUCCAGACAAGCGUGCAGGCCAAGCCGGGCCACGUGUCUCCCCUCCAGCUCACCAACAUCUCAGUGCCCCAGCAGGCUCUCCCCACGCAGCGUCUGGUGGUGCAGAGCACGGCCCCAGGCGGCAAGGGUGGCCAGGUUUCCCUGACAGUGCAUGGCACCCAGCAGGUGCACUCGCCUCCUGAGCGGUCGCCGGGGCAGGCAAACAGCUCCUCCAGCAAGACGGCUGGGGCCCCCGCGGGUGCAGUGCCGCAGCAGCUGCAGGUCUGUGGCGUUCAGCAGAGUGUCCCCGUCACCCAAGAGAGGUCCGUGGUCCAAGCCACUCCACAGGCGCCCAAAGCCGGCCCCGUGCAGCAACUUACGGUGCAGGGGCUCCAGCCAGUUCACGUGGCUCAAGAGAGCUCAGGCAGUCAGUUUCCCGCUAGGAAGGCAGAGCAGCAGGAGCCCCGGCCCACGCCGCCGCCGGAGCCGCCGCCCCGGCCACCCACGCCCGGGCCCCGGCCGAGCGCGCUGGCCCCGGAGCCGCCGCCGCUCCCGCCCGCGUGCAGGGGCGAGGUCCGGCAGCUAGGCAGCCCCCAGCCGCCGCCGCCCCAUUACGAGCCGGGCGCCGAGCAGUGGGUGGAGCUGGUGGGCGUGAUGCCCCCGCACCUGCUCCUGCCGCAGCAGAAAGUGGUCUUCGAGCCACUGCCCGGGCUCCCGGCCCGAGCCAGCCCCGACCAGAGGGUCAGGAUCCAGAGAGUCCCCCAGGUGCUAGUGUUCGGCACGGCCGCCACGGCCCUCAAAGUGCAGCAGCUCCAGCAGGUGCCCGUCCCACACGUGUACUCCAGCCAAGUGCAGUAUGUGGAGGGUGGUGACGCCAGCUACACGGCCAGUGCCAUCCGCUCCAGUACCUACCCCUACCCGGAGACGCCGCUGUACACGCAGACAGCGGGCGCAAGCUACUACGAAGCUGCAGGCACAGCUGCGCAGGUCAGCACGCCCGCUACCUCCCAGGCGGUGGCCAGCAGCGGCUCUGUGCCCAUGUACGUGUCCGGGAGCCAGGUCGUCACCAGCUCCGCCAGCAGCGCGGGUGGAGCCAGCGGCGGCGCCGGCGGCACCGGCGGCACCGGCGGCGGCGGGGGCGGCGGCGGCGGCGGCGGCGGGGGCGGUGGCGGCGGCGGCAGUGGCGGCGGCGGCAGCGGAGCAGGCACCUAUGUGAUCCAGGGCGGCUACAUGCUGGGCAGCGCCAGCCAGUCCUACUCCCACACCACGCGUGCCUCGCCAGCCACCGUUCAGUGGCUCCUAGACAACUAUGAGACGGCCGAGGGUGUGAGCCUGCCACGGAGCACCCUCUACUGCCACUACCUGCUGCACUGCCAGGAGCAGAAGCUGGAGCCCGUCAACGCCGCCUCCUUCGGCAAGCUCAUCCGCUCCGUGUUCAUGGGCCUGCGCACCCGACGGCUGGGCACCAGGGGCAACUCCAAAUACCACUACUACGGCCUGCGGAUCAAGGCCAGCUCGCCCCUGCUGCGACUGAUGGAGGACCAGCAGCACAUGGCCAUGCGGGGCCAGCCCUUCUCACAGAAGCAGAGGCUCAAGCCCCUCCAGAAGAUGGAGGGCAUGACGAACGGCGUGGCUGUGGGGCCGCAGCAGGCCGCGGGGCUGUCGGACAUCAGCGCGCAGGUGCAGCAGUAUCAGCAGUUUCUGGAUGCCUCGAGGAGUCUCCCUGACUUCUCGGAGCUUGACCUCCAGGGCAAAGUGCUCCCCGAGGGCGUCGGGCCUGGGGACAUCAAGGCCUUCCAGGUCCUGUACCGGGAACACUGUGAGGCCAUUGUCGACGUCAUGGUGAACCUGCAGUUCACCCUGGUGGAGACGCUGUGGAAAACCUUCUGGAGGUACAACCUCAGCCAGCCCAACGAGGCGCCUCCGCUGGCCGUGCACGACGAGGCUGAGAAGCGGCUGCCCAAGGCCAGCCUGGUGCUCCUCUCCAAGUUUGAGCCAGUGCUGCAGUGGACCAAGCACUGUGACAACGUGCUGUACCAGGGCCUGGUGGAGAUCCUCAUCCCUGACGUGCUGCGGCCCAUCCCCAGUGCCUUGACCCAAGCGAUCCGGAACUUUGCCAAGAGCCUGGAGAGCUGGCUCACCCACGCCAUGGUGAACAUCCCAGAGGAGAUGCUGCGUGUGAAGGUGGCGGCGGCCGGUGCCUUCGCGCAGACGCUGCGACGCUACACGUCGCUCAACCACUUGGCGCAGGCGGCGCGGGCGGUGCUGCAGAACACCGCGCAGAUCAACCAGAUGCUGAGCGACCUCAACCGCGUGGACUUCGCCAACGUGCAGGAGCAGGCCUCGUGGGUAUGCCGCUGCGAGGACCGCGUGGUGCAGCGUCUGGAGCAGGACUUCAAGGUGACCCUGCAGCAGCAGAACUCACUGGAGCAGUGGGCGGCCUGGCUGGACGGCGUCGUGAGCCAGGUGCUUAAGCCCUACCAGGGCAGCGCCGGCUUCCCCAAGGCCGCCAAGCUCUUCCUCCUUAAGUGGUCCUUCUACAGCUCCAUGGUGAUCCGGGACCUGACCCUGCGCAGCGCUGCCAGCUUUGGGUCCUUCCACCUCAUCCGGCUGCUCUACGACGAGUACAUGUACUACCUGAUCGAGCACCGCGUGGCCCAGGCCAAGGGCGAGACCCCCAUCGCCGUCAUGGGCGAGUUCGCCAACCUGACCACCUCGCUGAACCCCCUUGACCCGGACAAAGACGAGGAGGAGGAAGAGGAGGAGGAGAGCGAGGACGAGCUGCCACAGGACAUCUCACUGGCGGCCGGCGGAGAGUCACCCGCGCUGGGCCCGGACGCCCUGGAGCCGCCGGCCAAGUUGGCAAGGACAGACACACGGGGCCUCUUCGUGCAGGCGCUGCCCUCCAGCUAAGCCCGCGGCCUCCCCCCGCCCCGCCCCGCCCGCCCCCGCCGCCCAUCCACGCCAGGGUCCCUCACAGCUUCUGUGGCUUCGCUGUCACCGUUCCAGCCUCGGCCAGGGCCGGGAUGGGGGCCUCCAAGACAGGGAAGGCUAGGGGGUCCCCGCCCCCAGUGGGGCCGGCACCAAUCACAGGGCCGGGGCGGAGCCGCAGCUGCAAACUGACACAAAAGACGUGCCUUAAGGAACCCGCCUCCGUGCCCAGGUGCCCCGUGGGACAGCCAGCUUGGCUCCUUGGCCUCCAAGGCCUCAGCAUCUCCCUCUCCCAUCCCAGGGGGCAGGCAGGCAGGCCCCCCUCCCCUGUGGAACCGUUAACUUAUUCAGCUCGCUGGCUUUGCACAGUCUGUCCUGGGCCCAACCCUGAGCCCCAGGUGGGCACAGGUGGGCGUCACCUGGGGACCCCCAAUGUCAGCAGCAGCCCCGGGACCCCUCCCCCAGCAACCCCACCGCUCCCCACUCCUUGGUAUAAGUGCAAUUAAAGCCGUGGGUGUCGCAUCUUCUCCAGAGCUGGGCCCUCCCUUGCCCCGCAGCCCUAGAGGGGGGCACUGCCUGGCCUGGUCGGGGGUAGGGUGGCCGGGGGAUGCCGCCUCCAGCUUCCAAAGAGCAGCAGGCGGGGCUGGGCGUGGGAGCCCCGAGGGGCCUGCUGCCGGCAGUGGGGUCCAGAAGUGCCCGCGCCCGUCCCGGCCCAGGCUGGGGGCUCCACUCCCUCAGAUCCAAGACCCCAGUGUCCCAGGCCGCCCGCCUCUGGUUUGUAAUGGAACCUCCGCGCUCCUCCUCUCCCAGGAGACUGUGCUUCUCCUCCGUGCAGUGCGCCCCGCCCCCCACACGACUAUUGUGCGAUUUUUGUGAGCCGCCUGAGCGGAGUUGGUAACUUGUUGGUUUUUUUCCAACCAUCAUGGCCUUAUCUGUUCCGGUUUUCUCAGUGUCUUCAACCUGUGAGAUAGAUGUUUAUGGCAAAAAGCAAAAAAAAAAAAAAAAAAAAGGAAAAAAAAGAAGAACCUGAACCUAUUGUAUAAAAAUCACUAUUUUGUGUGCUCCGCGUGCUACAGCUUUUGGGGUGGCCCAUCCCCACCCCGUCCCCCCCCACCCCGCCCUCGGGGCCUCCCCUCUCCUGGCCGUGAAAGUGUCCACGCGUGUGGUAGUCUAGUGUGCCGAGCUGUUUUCUACCUUUUUGUAGUCUUUCUUAAAACACAAUAAAUUCCGCUGUGA